AUGCUGCAGGUCGACAUCGCGCGAAAAUACUUUUAAAUUAGUUGCUAGGACUAGUCAAAAAUAUAAGUUCUGAUAUGCUUGAAGUUUUAUGCUCAAAUAAAGCUGUAAAAUUUGCAAAUUAGGACGAGUUGAAAUUACGAAAGCUAGCAUCAGCUCAGCUCCCAUCUUCCGUAGAAGGCAAGCAUGGGUAACGCAGCCACAGCAAAGAAAGGUGAUUCAGAAAAUGCAGUGAAAGCCUUCCUGUCUCAAGCCCAAGAAGACUUCAAGCGAAAAUGGGAGAAUCCUUCUCACAACACAGCAUCAUUGGACCAAUUUGAAAGAAAGAAGACCCUUGGAACAGGCUCAUUUGGACGUGUGAUGUUGGUCCGGCAUAAGGAGCAUGGAAGCUAUCAUGCCAUGAAGAUCUUAGAUAAGCAGAAGGUAGUGAAACUCAAGCAAGUGGAGCACACGCUUAAUGAGAAGAAGAUUCUGCAAGCCAUAGAGUUUCCAUUCCUCGUUAAACUGGAAUGGCAUUUCAAGGACAACUCCAACUUGUAUAUGCUUUUAGAAUUUGUUCCUGGUGGUGAAAUGUUCUCUCAUCUUAGACGUAUUGGACGUUUCAGUGAGCCGCAUUCCAGGUUUUAUGCUGCACAAAUUGUUCUGGCUUUUGAGUAUCUUCACUCUUUAGAUAUUAUUUACAGAGAUUUAAAGCCUGAGAAUUUACUAAUUGACGAGAAAGGAUAUUUGAAGGUUACAGAUUUUGGCUUUGCAAAGCGUGUGAAGGGCAGGACAUGGACACUUUGUGGAACGCCAGAGUACCUAGCCCCAGAGAUUAUCCUUAGUAAGGGGUACAACAAAGCAGUUGAUUGGUGGGCAUUGGGUGUUUUAAUCUAUGAAAUGGCAGCUGGUUACCCACCAUUUUUUGCCGACCAACCUAUCCAGAUCUAUGAGAAAAUUGUUUCUGGAAAGAUGCGCUGUCCAUCACAUUUCACUCAAGACCUUAAAGAUUUGCUGAAAAAUCUUCUCCAAGUUGACUUAACGAAGAGAUAUGGUAACCUGAAAAAUGCCGUGGCCGAUAUCAAGAACCACAGAUGGUUCUCGUCCACUGACUGGAUUCAGAUUUACCAAAGAAAGGUUGAAGCUCCAUUCAUCCCCAAAUGUCGUGGUCCAGGUGACCCAAGCAACUUCGACGACUAUGAAGAAGAAGCGCUGAGAAUUUCCAGCACAGAGAAGUGUGGCAAGGAGUUCGCGGAUUUCUAAAUGACUUUCUGUAUGUUUUGAACAAGGGAGUUACUUGAUUCUCUUUAUGUGAUGAAGGUAAAACCGACUUUUCGACCGUGGGACGAUUAUUUCGAGGCUCGUUGCUUUAAAGCCAUCUGAAGGAGAGAUACUACUAUUCUUCAGUGUUAUUUUCAUUUUGGUGCGUUGUCAGCCUAACAAGUUCAUUUUUAACCACGACAAACUGUAGAUUCCAAUUUCUCAAACACCCUUAGAUACAAUUCCGAGUUCAGAAUUAAACCAAGAUAGCCCUAAUCUGUACAUGUCACCCCCAUUUGAGUGUAAAACUACAUUUAUCAGAUGCUUAUUAUGCAAUUCAUCAGCAAAUCAACAACCCUUGUUUGCAAGCUAGGACCUUGUUAAUGAAGUCGAUUUAAGUAAUUGUUUUAAAAACAGAAUUAGAAAA